AUGAGGUCCGGUGUGGUGAUGCUAAGCUCCAACGUCUAUCCUCCCCAAUUUAGUGUGAUCCCACCACGCACCCGUGUCCGCGGUGCAGACGGCUUAAUAUCCCCUGCGUCGGACUCGGGAGGCGUCGGUACAAUUCAGACACCAGAAGCUGCUGGGACCAGGACGGGGUCCGCCGCUCAGAACCCGCCGAGUUUCGACAUGCUCACGAUAUCUCGAUCCCCAGUCAACGACACGGCUCGACUCGCGAGUGCCUUUGCCGAUAAAAUCAAACCCACCCUUGGUGUCCAGUACAAUCUGGCCUGGACGUACGGCGACUAUCUCAACCACGUCCCAGCUCGUCUAGGCAUGAACGAGGCUCUGGAUAGUGCCACCGACACCUUCUUGACGGCUUUUGCGACGCUGGCGGAUCCGCUCGGCACCAGAAGCAAUCCCGUUCUGCUGGAAAAAUACGGGCAAACCUUGGCCAUUCUGAGAAGGUGUUUGGAUGACCCCGUCAAGGCGAGAAGCCCGGAGACGCUCUGCGCCAUUUUGUUCCUGUGGAAUUGCCAGCAGUUCAUAUGGCAACGGAACGGGCCCAUCACCGCACAUGCAGAUGGUGUUGCCCAGAUUCUCAAAUUGAGAGGAAGUGUGGACAACUGUCACGACCCCUUCGAGUCCAAUCUACUCCUCAGUCUGCGUGCCGUUGUGCUUUUUGACUCCCUCUUCAAUGGCCGCAUCACUUUCACCGACCAAGAGUGGGUGUCCAUGUUCGAUAGCCAGCUGUAUGACCUCAGUCCGGAAGGCCAGGCGGUACAACGCUUGACCCGUGUGCCGAAUCUAAUGCGUCGAAGCAAGGCCUUCCUGAUGGGGGACCUGGACUCCCGGGAUCAACUGGCCGACUUGGAGAAAGAGGCCCAUGCACUCCGCGCAGAACUCGAGCCCGCACUCUCACUCGUCCGGCAGCGAUGGGAGAAGGUCUCGGCGAACCCAGACAGUGUGUUCCCACGAAUGCCUCACCUGGCCGGCCUGGCGCACUGCCACUUCCUGCGGUCCUACGCCCUCGUCCUGACCAUCGCCAUCCUCAUCAACGAGACACGGCUGGCCGUGAGCCUCGACGCGGCCGAGAUCCUGCAAGAGUCGCACGAAUUUUCCCUCGAGAUCGUCAACCUGUCCAGACUCGCAUCUCCGUACCGACCCCUCGGCGCGUCUGCCCUCGGCGUCUGUCUCCUGGCCGCCGAGACCGGGGCGGCCGAUGCAGAGACCAAAGAGUCCGCCAGGAGUCUGCGCAUGGAGUAUGCCAGCGAUUUCCAGGGAUAUCAAAACGUGGAGGCUCGUCAGGAUUUGCAGUUGGUCUGUGGCCGUGAGUGGUCUCGAUAUCUGGCUCGGUAG